AUGAGUUCGGGCACUUGGAGUCGCGAGGUCGAGUGCUUGGUCUCUGCCGGCCGGCUGUUUAAGGCCGCUAUACUUGAUUGGCAUAAUCUUGGCCCGGAGAUUGCGCCUGGGGUCAUCGUGCGUGCUAACCUCGUGUCUGGAGAUGGCGGGGUAGGAAGCAUCAGGGAGCUCAAUUUCACAUCAUCAUUGCCAUAUAGAUACUUAAAGGAACGCUUAGAUUUCAUAGACCAUGACAAGUUUGAGUGCACCAGCACCCUAGUCGAAGGCGGUCCAUUAGGGACAAAGUUCGAGUCAGCAUCGACUCACUUCAAAUUUGAUUCGACGAGCGAUGGCGCCACCAGUUGCAUCGUCAAGGUGACAGCGAUCUACAAGACUCUGGCCGGGACACCGGUUUCUGAUGAUGUGACUAAGUCGAAGGAAAUCGUUACUGGUCAUCUUAAGGCUGCAGAGGCCUAUCUCCUUGCAAACCCUACUGCCUAUGCGGGAAAUUGUGCUUCUGUCAGAGCCUAA